CAGAUACCUCCAACACACCACCUCUUACAACCAUGAUGAAGUCCAUCGCCCUUGCUCUGGCCUGUGCCACCCUCUCUUCCGCUUACGACGGAGAUGCCACCUUUUACGGACAAGGCGGCGCCGGCCAAGGUGGUGCCUGCAUGCUUGAGCGUGGCUUCAACGGGGUGGGUAUCACUGUCGCCAUCAACCAGGCCCAAUGGGACGGCGCGGGCAGCUGUGGGAAGUGCAUUAAGCUCACGGGUAACGGCGACGGCUCGGGCAUGACCCCUGUGGUGGGCCCCAUCUACGCCACCGUGGAUAACCUCUGCCCCGAGUGCAGCUUCGGAGACAUCGACCUCGGGCUCGGGGGCGAUGGCCGGUGGCAGGCGCACUGGGACUUCGUGGAUUGCGGCGAGGCCCGUAGCGGGUGGUCGUCCGUUCCCGGACAGCGCCUCCGCAACCUGCGCGGGGGUGUGGAGGCGGAUGCCUCCAAGCCGUUGAUGAUCGGCCCGGGCAUGUACCUGAUGCCGGAAGGGGUGAAGGACUUGAGCGAAGUCAAAGCCCUGGCUGCCCACUCAGGGAAUGCCACCGUUAUGGCGGCGGAGAUGAGCGAGAUGGAGGCGGAGGAAGUGGCGGAGGGCGGGAACUAGGCGCACCCUCCGCGCAUUGGACCGGCGGAGGAGGAGGAAGGGGAGGGUCUUUGUUUUGGGUAUGGGAACAUAACUAUCGGUUUGGGUAUUGGGGUUCGGUCUGUCUGGCCCAAGUGUAACGGUAUUCAGGCGGGGGACAGGCAAGCCACAAAGUCUUUGGGUAAUUUAGUGUGAGUUUUGACGGCGUCAGGUUUUUCAGAAACAACCUGAGCUGUGUACGGGACAUUCAGCCAUUGAGUCCGAGAGAGAUCUGAAUUGGCUUACGGGCGUGAAAGUAGUACGAGUGUGCGAGUGGUAAGAGAGUGAGUCAGCCUGUAAGAGUUUGACAUUAGCGGUAUUGUUAUAGACACCCGUCACGGGGCCCGGUAACCCUAACGGUGAUGAGAGUGGAGUGCAUGAGGGAGGGUGAGGAGUGAGUUGGGGCGGCGGACGCGGUCACAAUAUGGGAGGAGAAAUGCGCGUGGGAAAUUUCCGUCUGUCUGAAAACGCGCUCUUAUGGAGCACACAACGGUCAUCGGGACGAUGGCCAAUGAAGACAGGGUAGUGGCAGGUCUCUGGAAGGGAUGUGACACUCUGUAUUUCUCAGGGUAGUUUGUGCACUCGUGACGGAGGCGCGGCUAUUACUGGAAACGCGAAGUAGGUUUACUGGGGGUGUAAGACUGGUGGAACGACCUUUUAUUUGGUCCCAUCAAAUAGCACAAAAUUACGCGAGGGAUGUAACAAUGUGGACGCCACAGCGAGCAAAACACCGCAGCGAUUCAAAACCACAAUAUUUUGGGCGUUACCUCAAUUGUAGGUCCAGCCACAAUAAAUUCGAUAGAAAAAAUCGCGUUGGGAAAAAAA